CUGGUAUGAUGAAAGUGUUACGUAUUUGGACAGAUCAAGAAAGAGCAAGUUGAUAUUUGUGUUGUUUGAAAUUGAAUGUGCCCGAGUGUAAAGAUUUGGAUAUUAAUUUUAUCAAAAGAGUGAUUUUGUUUGUUUUUUUAAUUUUUUAAAGUGUUUGUGCCUCUUGUUAUAUUUUUUUAGAUCGAUAUAAGUUUGGUCCUUUAUUCCUAUUGGAAAGGAAAUUGUCACAAUUAAUCGAAUUUGGAGGUUGCGUCGGCGCAUAAGAUGCGCUCGAUCCUAGCGUACUACGCGGACGUGAUGUCGGCGGCGGCGCGCGGCGCGGGCUGCGCGCUCGGCUGCAGCGGUCGAGGGGACUGCAUGAAUGGUACCUGCUUGUGCGAGAUACGGUACGCGGGUGAUGAGUGCGCUGGACCAAAUCUGCCGUACCACGCAUGUAUCGGCGGUGUGUUCCUAUUGGUGGCGUUCGUCUGCGCGGUGCAGCUGACGAUAUGCGUGGUGACGGAAUACCGCCGGCUUAAGGCACCCACCUUCCUCCGCGCCUGCAAGGUCACCACGCAGAAGAUGCUCUACCUCGUCGCAUUCCUCGCGUCCCUCAUACGCGGAGCUUACUUUGUGUCGCCGUCAGCGUUCCAAGAGGGCUGGGCGACGAGUCUUCUAUCCGCGUAUUAUCCUCUUCUCAUGUCGGGUUCUUCCCUCAUUGUUUGCUUCUGGGCUGAGGUGUUCCAUCUUCGAGACAUCCGCUGGGAGCGUCCUCGGUUCCUCUCCAAGUCUUUCCUGGCCUUCGUCACCUUUAAUGUCAUCAGCUACUCACUUCUAGCAGCAGAAGUACUCACCACGAAUAUAGCUAAUACAACCGCUGAGAAAAAGAGUUUCUACCAGCACGUCUUUAACGGUUGCUACGCAGUGCUUCUUUUCAUCGUGGUUAUAUUUUUCCUCAUUUAUGGCGUCGAAGUUUACUUUAAGCUCCGAGGCGAGUUCCUGAAGGAGACUAAAGUAUGCACGAUCAUCUCCCCCCGCCCCGGCCCCUCCAGCGCAGAUGAUGACGACGUGCAGGACACGCUCGUCACCAAGCAAGGCAUACAAACAGACCUGGCGGACCGCGAUGGGUCCGUGGACUUGCGCUCGGUGGAUCUGUCGCAGCUGCACCAGUCCCGUGUGGGCCUCGUCAGCCAGGCUCUCAUGCUGAUACUGAUUGCUGGUUUCCUCGCCUCUGAGACCCUCAGCGAGUUUUGGAAGACCAAAGUGCCGGUGGUGUCCCGCAACUGGCACGACGUGGUGUUCCGUCUCGCGGAGAUCGGCGUCGCGCUAUGGUUCCCCUGCGUGCUGUGGAACUCGAUGGCGCCGGAGCGGCUGUGGCUGCUCAACCCGCGCCGGCUGCUCGCCCGCCAGCUGGACGACGCGCGCCUCGCGGAUCUGCUCGCACACCAUCAUGACGCCAAGGUAACGGGACAAAACAUUAUUUACAUUAUACACAUUUUUACACAAUAUAUGCACAUUUGUCCUACUUAUAGGUUUAUACAAUUACAAAGUACUAAUGUGGAUUCUCAGAUAUUGAUGACGUUUUGGAACUUAAGAUGGCGCGGAUGGGCGUUGUUGGUUGUUGAAAUGUUUAAUUACUGGCAAACUUUGGUCUGGCGAGUAGUUUUCAAUGUAGUUGUUGCUGCUAAGUCUUUGGAAGGUGUAAAGAAUACUUUCAUAACAAAGCCUCUCAUCAGGCCGUGUCGCUGCACCGGGGACGUGUCCGCCGUGCACCACGACUGUCUGCGCAGAUGGCUCAUUGAGAGUGCUACCACACCGGACGGCUUGAAGUGCAAAGUUUGCAACACGCCGUACAUCGUGCAAAAAACAAACAGAGUGGAGUGGGAGCGCGGGUUCACGUGCGCGCACUGGCUGCGCACGGCGCUGGCGGUGGCGGGCGUGUGCGGCGCGGGCGCGGCCGCCUGGCUGCUGGUGCAGCUGUUCCCCUCGCCCGUGGUGCGCGUGCUCUGCGCCGGCGCCGCGCUGCUCGUCUGCUACGUCGCCAUCAGGUUUCUAAGCAUGAACACAGUGAUAGCGUACCAACGAGCCAAAGUAUCCUCCCUCAGGAUAAUAACAGAACCGCUCGCUGAGUCUCAAGUUAACGACCAAACUCAACUCUGCACCAUCAGUAAAACUGUUACAGUCGAAAUAGCCUCUAAAGCGGUACUCGAACAAGCGCUUAAAGGAGACGUAAAAAAUUAAAAUAACGAUAGCAGUGAUAUUUGUGAAGUGUACAAGUGCGAUGAAAAUUAAACCGAGUGAAUAUCGAAAUAACGAAUGAACUCUGCCUAACAUAUCAGGCUUACGGCCUAUAACUUAAAAAACGUUAUUUUCGUUAUAACCGUUAUUAUCCUUAAAACGUUUAACGUUAUAACUGUGAAACCGAUUAAGGUUAUAACUGUGAAACCGUUUAACGUUAUAACUGUGACACCGUUUAACGUUAUAACUGUUAAAACGCUUAACGUUAUAACGUAUAAGCUGCCAGUGUUAUGGCGAUGUAUUAAGAUGAAAAAUUCGAAAAAAAGAACACUGAAUGUUGCCAAACAAAUUAAUUACGUGUUUAGUACAAAAGUGAUCUUUUGUGAUGAAUGUGGUCUAUUAUAUUGUAUUUAUUAAUCUGUUAACCAUAGAUAUAUAAUCUAUAGAUAUGUUACCCAACGCCCAGAAAUGAGACAAAAAGACUCCUUUCGAUAUUAUUGGGGCAAUUUUACACAGUUUUUUAUAUUGUAAUAUGGCAAACGAGUUACGGUCAGAAUUCGCUGAAAUAACGAACUAUUGCUCAUAGACAUAUGCAGUUACAAAUCCCUUGCCUUUAUUAAAUCGGCAAAAGAAGGGACGCACAGAAAAAGGAUAUUUCCCCGUAAUUGUAAUUUACAAUAUAAAAUGACGUUUGUAAAAUCAGUCAGUUGUCAAAUUUUACGACACACUCCAUCAAUAAAUUAUAUAUCUAUGGAAUGCUAUAGAAAGUUCUGAUUAGAUUUUAGAUAUCUAAAUCAUAAUUUAAGUAUAUUUUAUUUUGUCAAAAUUAAGCCGUAAAAUUGUAUAAUACAUAUAUUUAACGUUUCAACUAAUUUUGGAAAGUGGAAAUAUUUAUGGUAUUGAAGAAAAAGGUUUUAAAAAAAAAAUUAUUGGUAUAUUUUUAUAAGUUUGUGAAGGCUAUGAUUUAUAUGUAAGAUUUUUUAGUUUAUUAGAUUUUAUUGAGCAAUGAUAGUUUUGAGAUUUCGAUAGCUCCUAUGUAAAAUACCGCAACCUUGUUUUUUUUUAAAAUAAUUUGUUAAAUACUUGUUUCUGUAUAAAACGCCAAAGUUCUGUAAGUUUUCUUUUUCUUUAGUUUCAUGUUUGUCAUAAUCAUAAUAAUCCUUAAUAGCUAGUUACGUAAGAGUCCAUUUUUCAUAUAAAUUCUAUGACCAAUACAAGUGGGUCAGUGACCUCUAUAUUUGCUUGAUUGGUUUUGCAUAAUUCUGAAAAGCGACAAAAUACUUCUUUAAUUAGUCCGAGUUUAAGACGACUACCGUCAGAGCUAAGAUGGCAAUAAUCAAAUGGGCGCAAAAUAUACCGGUUCAUAGCCUAUCCUGUGUGAAUAGAGGUCUGUUGUUCUGCCAAUCCAAGAAAACAAAUGUUUAAUAUUCCUUUUAUAGUUCAAAAAACAGAUUUUUACACAGGUUUUUUGAUUAGAAUAUUACCAAAAAUAAGAGUAUAAAAUUAUCAAAUCUGAACUAUCAAUGCCAAUAAAAUCUGAUUAUAAACAAAAAAAUAAUUUAAUAUUGAGAUAUAUUGAAGACUUGUAUUUUAAAUCUCAAUUUUUAUGUAGAUGCGUAAUUUGGAACGUAGAUGCGUAGUUUCUAGUGACAUUUCAAAUUCUUUAGUGACGCGUUUCUGUAUACGUAAAAAUGUAGAUAAUAAAAAGUAAAGCAUUACGAGUGUUGUGAUUAACUUUGAUUUUAAAAAUAUUGUUAUGUAGAAUAAUCUAAUAAAGGUAACCCCGUGAUGGGUUGUGGCAUUUCCUUA